CUGACAACCGUUCAAAAAAGGCAAAAGAAGCCAAGAGAGCGAAACUCAAACCUGUCGCUGUUUACGGUUUAUAAAUCCCUUUGUAGGAUACCUUGGUGUCAUUGAUAUGUAAAAGUAAGCUGCUUAUCUCGAAUAUAAUUAAUUUGAAGUCCUGUCAUUAAUCUCAUCAGCUACUUAUCAUUACGUAACUUAGCUGUGUGUUAGCAACACUUUGUUAGCCUGAUUGUUAACGAGGCUACCAAUGAGUGCUGUCCGAACAAACCCCAGGACCAAGGCUUUAGUUAGCUGGAGCAAGGAGCACCGAGCCUCAAAAUCCAGCAGUGUGUUGGCGGAUCGGAACCAGGUAGUGGUUGCGGUGGGAGCCUGGGUGGAGGAUGGACAUGACUUCCAGGAGCACCCAUCAGUUCUGGCUUUGAAAACUGAGGCGCUUCAGGCAGAGAAGAGAAGGGAAAAUGAAGAUGGCAUCAGACGAUUUCAAGACACAGUUCGCCGUCGUCUGGCACAGCGAGCACAAGUUUGCAACAAGAGACCGCAGCCUCAUGCACGUUCAGUGGUGACUCCUGGCAGGAGAAUCCCACGUUAUCAUGCCAGGACCACACAUAGAUCUGCUGGUGAGAAGCACGUGUCUGCAGGAAGAGUUUUACAGCAGAGGAUGAACUCUCCAGAGUCCAGUGAAGAAAUGAGGCAGGUCCGACUCAGACUGGCAGCUUGUCGGCUGAUCCAGGAUGAGCAAACUGCGUCAGAGCUUCCUGGAGGCAGAUGGAACAUCUCUCCAAGCAGACAUCAGAGGGCUGAAUGUGGUGAGGUGAGGAUAGAGGAGGAUGGUCUGGGAGAGGAAGAGGAGGAAGACAGAGGUGUUCAUCUACUCAGCAGUCAACAUGAAUGUCCUCUUGUUCAGCAGAAGGUAAGGGGACAUGCAUUGUGGAAUCCUACCAAAUCACAUGCUGAACAUGGUUCUAAGUCCGGCCUUGGAGCUCCACAGGUUCUUUGGCCUCUGACGGAUAAAGACAAAUUGAUAAAACAGCGUCAGUCUCAGUUCCUGAUGCAUCGCCGCCUGGUCAUGAACUUAGAACGAGAGCACGUGAAGGAGAACAAGCAGCACAGGAAACACCUGAGGAGGACAGCAGGGAUCAAAGCGGAGAAAGAGCAGAUUCGUCUGGAGGAAGAGAGGCGGUUAGAAAGAGCUGAGCAGCUUGCAGAGGCCAGACAGAAGCUGCAGGAUCGAGAGCUGCUGAUUCUGGAGCGACUGAAGCUUGAGGAGGACGACAGAGCUGGACAGCUGCAGAGGACCAAAAGAGAAGAAAGGUGGAAAGAAGUUGCCAGGUUUGUAGAGGCUCUGAGAGCUCAGAUGAAGGAGCGACUAUCUCAGGCAAAGGUGGAGCUUCCUCCUCUCUGCUGCUGUGCGUCCUCUUUCUGGGACUCCCAUCCUGACACCUGCGCUAACAACUGUGUCUUCCACAACAAUCCCAAAGCGUAUGUACAGGCACUACAUUCAGCAAUGGGGAGUUUGGAUUUACAGUAAUGGAAGCUGAUGAUCUGCAGUGAGCUGGCCUCUUGGUGUCGAUUUAAAGGAACAGUCCAGCGUUAAAGGAAAUACACUGCAGGUUAUCAAAGUCAUAAUGAUGUUGUCUUUCUGUCUGACCAGGUUACACUCAUUCACUGUUUUUAACUGAAUCCAAAUUCAUGUCAUGUUGUGCUACCAGCAGCUAGAUCUUUCCUUUACAAAAUACUUUGAGACACUUCCCCCUUUCUUAACUUUAUGAUCGACUUAGUUAAAUUAAAACAUCAGGUUGUUUGCAUGUUGAUGUUAGCAUUGUUUUUGAAGAUCUGAUCUAAUUUUGCAGAGCAUUUAUUCUAUUUAUCACUACAAAUGAAUUUGUCUUGGCUAAUUUUGUACAUGUACUGACAUUAGAUUACAUAACCAGAAAAACAUCAGGAGAUUCAGUACUCUUGAUGUACUUUUGAAGUUUGCUGUUUAUUUUAUUGGAUUUAGAAGAACAUGUUGGUCAUGACAACUUUUUUCUGGUUAAAAAACAAUAAAAUCAAUGCUGAAACCUUUUAUCUAUUUAAGUUUGUGUGGCUGUAGGCUUAUAAAUACCUGCUGGUUAUCUUGAAAACUUGCAUAUAACCUGUCAUACAGUAAUGUCCUCCUGCAUAUAACUUUUCUAAGUUAGAACCUUAUAUUUCUGUAUUGUUCUGAAUUCAUUUGCUAUUUGAGUGUAUUUAAAAUACUUGUUGAGAAAUUUAAAAAUGUUCUUGUUUUAAAUCUGUGCUGUCAUACAUAACAGUAAACAUCAAACUUACUUUUUUGUUGUUUACUGAUGUAUAAUAAUGACCAAGCACACUCAUUCCACAAGAAAAUAAUUAUUCCUCUUAUCUACAGAUUUUCCUAAUUCCUUAUGGACUGGUACACGACUCAUGUCAUAGGAAGAGUUGUCACUAUCACUAAUAUCACUCUGUUAUCAUGAAAAAAAGAGCAGUGAUUUAAUUAAUUUGUUUGCAGUAAUAAAAAAGAAAAAAAAAACUA